CGAAUUUGGAUUCACUCUCUCUCAAUUCGAAAACUCUCUCUUUCUCUCUCUCUCUCUCUCUCUCUCUCUCUGUGUGUAAAGAAUCGUCCGUGAAGGCUUUUGAAUUUGCCUUAUCCUAAUCGUCCAUCGAAAGCAAGGUAGAUGUCAUUCUCAAGAGAAGGAAGGUCUGCUUCACCACCUGACUCCAGGUCACCUGUUAGGGAACGUCGAUCGAGGAGGAGUCGCUCCAGGAGCCAUGAUUCUGAUGGUGCUUCUAAUCCUGGAAACAACUUGUACGUAACUGGUUUAUCUACCAGGGUUACUACCAGUGAACUUGAGAAGUAUUUCAACAAUGAAGGAAAGGUUACUGAGUGCCAUCUGGUUACGGAUCCUCGCACCAAAGAAUCUCGUGGGUUUGCUUUUGUUACUAUGGAAACAGUUGAGGAUGCAGAACGCUGUAUUAAGUAUCUAAACCAUUCUGUGCUUGAAGGUCGAUUAAUUACUGUCGAAAAGGCCAAGAGGAAACGUGGGAGGACACCAACUCCUGGAAGGUACCAGGGUCUCAGAGAUAAACGAGGCCAAGACCGGAGACGUUCUCGGAGCUACUCACCUCACCGACGGAACGAGAGAGAUCCUUUUCCCAGGGGACGUCGAGGAAGAUCACGCUCCCCACCAUAUGGUAGGAGGGCUGAGGAUCAUCGCUCUGACUCAUAUAGAAGGCGCAGGGAACGCUCCUUGUCAGCUGGUGGUAGAGCAUAUUAAUCCUAUUGUGGAUCUGAUUGCUCCCGCCGAAACAGUCCUGUCAGCUUGUGGUAGUGAAUUUUUAGCUUCAACUGGAUUUUCGUUGUGGAAGUGUGUAAUCGUUGUUAUUUUGUCUGUCUUGAUAUACCUUUAAAGAACCGAGACCCUUAUUCGAUGCUUUGUCUUGAUUUUAAGUUUCAUGUUGUGUUCUAGUGUCUCUCUGUAGAAGAAUCGUGUCAGAUAUGAUAUUUGUGUCUCUGAAUGGUGGGAAAGAAUGAGUUGUUUCUCUUA